CAACCAACUCCAUCAAAUCGUUCAAACCCUUCUUCUUCUUGGAGGGAUUCAUAAGCAUUUCUCGAGCUCUUCUUCGGCCUUCGCCCUUCGCCCUUCUCAAGUCUCUCUCUCUCUCUCUCUCUCUCUCUCUCGCGCGCGGGAUUAAAAGUUCUUCGUCUCUUUCGCCGAUCUAGUUUCAAUACAGAUGGAGGAAGUCGAAAUUCCCUCGUUCUUCGUAUGCCCGAUUUCUCUCCAGCUAAUGAAGGACCCCAUCACGGUGCCGACUGGGAUAACGUACGACCGCGAGAGCAUCGAGAAGUGGUUUUUCUCCGUCAAGAAAAGCACGUGCCCUGUGACGAAGCAAGCGAUUCCAGACUGCGAAUUGACGCCUAACCACACGCUCCGGCGGCUCAUCCAGUCAUGGUGCACCCUCAAUGCUGCGCACGGCAUUGAAAGGAUUCCGACCCCAAGAUCUCCGAUAAGCAAGUCCCAGAUUGCUAAGCUCCUCCGUGAGGCCAAGUCCCCGGAGAUGCAAAACAAGUGCCUCAAAAGACUACGGUCGAUUGCCACCGAGAACGCCACUAAUCGAUGCUGCAUGGAAGCCGCUGGUGCCGCCGACUUCUUGGCAGCACUAGUGAAAAAUGAAACCUCCGCGUCCAAUUGUGGCAGUUUAGAGGUCACAAGUAGACCGCUUGAUGAGGCUCUGGCCUUACUAUAUCACCUACAACUCUCGGAAGCCAGCCUUAAGAAUCUCAUAAGCGACGGCGGAGUGUUUGUGGACUCGUUGACUCGAAUCAUGCAGAGCGGAACCUGUGACUCUAGAGCAUACGCAGUCAUGUUGCUAAAGUCGAUGUUUGAAGUUGCUGAUAUUAUUCAACUCUCAAGUUUGAGGAUGGAAUUGUUUGUCGAAGUAGUUCGACUUUUGCGUGAUCAAGUCUCGCAGAAGGCAACGAAAUCUGCGUUGAAACUGCUUAUCCGAGCCUGCCAGAUGGGUAGGAACCGAGUCAAAGCCGGGGAAGCCAGCGCCGUGCCAGUCUUGAUCGAUCUUCUUCUGGAUUCACGCAACGAAUGGCAGAGCGAAAUGAUCCUUAUGCUUUUGGACGUGCUGUGCCAAUGCGCAGAGGGAAGAGCCGAAUUGUUGGAGCACGGAGCGGGGAUCACCAUCGUGUCAAAGAAAAUACUAAGGGUUUCAGAGACAGCGAGCGAGAGAGGUGUCAGGAUUCUCUUGUCCAUCUCCAAGUUCUCGGCGACACCGAGCAUCGUCCAAGAGAUGUUGCAAGUAGGCGUUGCUGCGAAGUUGUGUCUAGUCCUCCAAGUUGAGGGCACAAGCAAGACCAAGGAAAAGGCGAGAGAGAUUCUCAAAUUGCAUGCCCGUGCAUGGAAGAGCUCUCCAUGUAUUCCUGCUGAGUUCCUUUCUUUUUAUCCAGCAUGA